AUGAAGAUGAAUGAAGCUAAGCUGGUUGCUCAUUUCUUCAAAGAUCGAUUUCAGACUUGGCUUCGCGAUUACGACUCUCUCCAAUAUUUAGCCCUAAUUCUCAUUUACAUUCAGAUUGGCUGCUCAUUGAUUGGAUCCCUUGGAGCUUUGUACAACGGCGUCUUGCUUAUUGAUUUGGCCAUCUCUUUGUUCGCCCUCGUUGCCAUCGAGAGCAGCAGUCAGCGCCUUGGCCGCACCUACGCUGUCCUCCUCUUCUCCUCUAUUCUCCUUGACAUUGAACAUUUCCUCAGAGGACCAUGGAAUGUUCUUCAUCUUUUCAGUGAAACUCACUUUGGCAAUGCAAAUCAUUGGUUUUACAGUGAGAUCUACAGAUUGGGGGUUCCGUAUAUAGAUAGUACUGCUCCUCGAGAAGCAGAUUUCGACUUAAGAAGUAGUUUUCUCAGUCCAUCAGCUCCUGCUGCUGUAGCUAGACAAUGCUCAGAUUCUGAUGUUGUUCUAGGGGGUUCCAUUUAUGAUCCAGCUUAUUACUCAUCUCUCUUUGAAGAUGGACAAGACAGCAAAUGUCUCCAUAGGGAUCGAAAUUCUGGCAUUUGUGACAACGGAUCUACUUCUAGUGCUGAAGCUUCUCAGGUGAAGGUGACCAUACGCAGAGCUUUUCAAGCUGUGGAUUCUUUUAUUCCUGCCCUUCCUUCUCGAGAGGAUAGCUGCCAAUCCCAAAGUCCCAAGGACCACAACUUGAGCUUCUUCUGUGGGUGGCGUAAUGUCAAAAUUUUGCUUCCUGAGAAGCAGUUUCCUGGGUACAUAUAA